AUGGAGAAGAGAGAGAGUAUCAUAAUCGUCGGCGCCGGCGUGUUCGGCCUGUCAACCGCCCUACAGCUAGCGGAAGAGGGAUUCCGAUCGAUUACGGUGCUCGAUCGGUCCAUGCCUCCAGUGCCUGAUGGAUCUAGUAAUGAUAUUUCACGUGUAAUUCGAUUUGACUAUGGAGAUAAGGUAUACGCCGAGAUGGGAAAGGAAGCAUACGACUUGUGGAAUACAUUGCCUGAAUAUGCGGAUUCUUUUCACCGAACACCCUGUGUAUGGACUGCACAACAAUCCGGUCCAGCGAAUUUGGUCCAGUCCGGUGGUUCGGAUUUCAUUCGUAAGACGAAAGAGAUCCUGACUAAUAUGGGACAUGAAUGGUUUGUCCUCGAAAAUGUUGAAGCAUUGAAAGCCCGGUUCCCGACGGUUACAGGAAACCCUAUUGGGGCAGGGUUUGAAGGUUUUUACAACACCUCAGCUGGAUGGGCCGAUGCCGGGCUUGCCAUAGCUGGUCUGCGCGAUCGAGCUAUCCGUGCUGGAGUAAACUUUGUUACUGGUCCUCAUGGGCAGGUGACAGGACUGGAGAAAGGAGCAGAUGGCACGAUCAAAGCCGUGAAAACGGCUGAAGGGGGCAGAGUCCAAGGUGAUAAAUUUAUCUUCGCAACAGGCGCAUGGACAGCGAGUCUUAUCCCGUCUUGGAACUCCAUGGUAGCUACAGCUCAGAUUGUAGGCUUUGUCCGGCUCACCCCCGAUGAGGUGAAAGCAUUGAAAGAUCUUCCGAUCAUUUUCAAUCUUUCUACCGGCUUUUUUAGUUUUCCACCCCACGAACAGACGGGCUAUCUCAAAGUAGCAUGUCAUAGUUUUGGGUAUACUCUGUCUUCCCCAGUUGAAGGUGAAGACGUUUCGUCGCCUCCUGGUAGGGCAGUUUCUGCCCGAGCCAAUUUUAUUCCAGAAGAAGGACGGCAAAGGCUGCUCGCAGGGUUGGGGGAAAUUUUACCGCAACUUGUUUCACGAGGAUUUGAGAAAACGGCGCUUUGCUGGUACAAUGAGACACCGACUGGAGACUUCGUUUUCGACUAUCACCCAGAGCAUAAAAACUUGUUUAUUGCUACUGGUGGUACUGGACAUGCCUAUAAAUUCUUACCGGUAAUUGGGAAGUACAUUGCUGGGGCAUUCCAACGCAAGCUAUCCCCAGAACUAUUGGAAAAAUGGAGAUUCCACACCGAGCAUCAAAACUUGGAAAAGGACGACGUUUUUACCGGAGCAAAGAGUCGGAAAGGCGGUGAUGGUAGUCGUGGUGGGCCGAAGAGGAGAGAAUUCACCCCACAGGAACGAGACACUUUGCUUGCUCUUUCAGGUGCACUUGCGAAAAGAACUUCAAAGAUAUAG